AUGAAAAAUAAGAAAGAGAAAGCGCCAAAGAACUAUGAUAUUUCCUUUGAUCUCAAUGACAGAAACCAGUACUUAAGCAAGUUUAAUCAUACAAGGAAGCAGAAGAAAAAAAUAGUGGAGAAAAGAAAUGAAUGGAAAAAGAAGCAGGAAAAGAUGCUGAGGAAGCAAUUGAAGAAGGAAGAAAGGGAAAAGACCUUGCAAAAUAUCGAAGUGAUUGAAGAAAUCGAGCAGGGAUUUAAGGAGGAAAAUUAUGAGCAGGAAGAUUCGUUGAACAAUACAGUGGUGGAAGUUCAGACAAAAAUAACAAAAACUUAA